AGGGUGGAGGCACGCGAGUUGAGUGCGACGAGGUUCCUCCGAUCCUCCGAUCGCUUAUAUAAGUGGCCAAAAGGCCAGUGAAUUGGUUGAAUCAAGAUGAACUGAUCAUCAAUCUUUACCAUCCCUACAAUUCCACUAUUUUUCUUCGAUUUUUUCCCUUUUCAAUCCUGCUUUCUCUGUUCUCCAGUACUGAAAGCAAUUGAACUCUGUCGUGAAGAAAGGCUUGCUUGCAAAUUACAACCUCUGAAUCAUUGUGUAUUUCUGAUCAAUCUGCUAAUUCUAUUCUUGCUGUACCGACUGAGUUUGUGAAGUUUGCUUUAAACACGAUGGGUCUCUCCAGUCUCCCAGCUCCGUCGGAAGGAGUUCUGAACGUGAUUCUUGUAAACACUGCUCUAUCUAUUUCCAUGCUCAAGUGCUUUGUACGUUUAAUCCUUCACAUGGUAGGAAUCCAUCUCUCAUGGUCAUCAACUGUAGUCCCAUCAAUAGAUUCCUUUGGAAGUUCCUCAGAGUUGGGAGAUCCCAAUUUUGGCUCCUCUUGGAAUUACCUUGAGAUGUUUCGAAACCGAUAUCCAAGGAUUAGAUUUGAUAAAGUACAGAGUUCAGGAUGCCGUGAACAUGACUGCUCGGUCUGUUUAACUCAAUUUGAACCUGAAUCGGCCAUAAAUCACUUAUUUUGUGGCCAUCUUUUUCACACAGAUUGCUUGGAGAAAUGGCUGGACUACUGGAACAUCACAUGUCCUCUUUGCAGAACUCCUCUAAUGUCUGAAGAAGAGAAAUUUUGCUUUUGGUAAGUGUUUAGUGUACUACAAAUGUAGUCAGAGGAAAACUCAUGUACAGCAUACUCCUAAAGAUAAUCGUGAGCACAUAUCCUAUCACUGUUUGACAUUUGAAGUUUGAUAUGUGUGACGGGUCUUAAAGAUCAAAGUUUUGUCACAGUAAAUACAUGUUCAUAGAAGUUCUAUGCUUCUAGUUUGUGCUUUUAGUUCUGAGUUAAUUCACUCUAGCUUUGAGUUAAUACAUUAUUACUCAUUUUCUUUGUAUAUGGAAUUGGGUGAGUAUGGUACAAAGUUUUUCAGUUGCUGUUUGUUUGGUAUUGGGGUUGACAGUGGAAAUCAAUUUUCUGAAAUUAUUGUUUUAAUUCA